AUAUGUACAUAUAGACAAAGUGUGUGUGCAUAUAACACUGUAGUAGCUUUGAAUUGUGUGUAGCGAUUAAUGCACAGGUUUAACUUCAUUUUGUAUUUAAUGUCAGUAAAAGUAAAUCGUAACGGGUGAUAAGCGAAAUUACAUAUAAAUACAAUUUUUAAAUUACUGAAGAAAAAAUGGCUUUCCAUCAUCACACAGGAAACCGAGCGAAUAAUAUUGAUAACGGUUAUAAAAAUCUUAUGAAUUUGCGGCCUUAUGAUUUAUUAAAUGAAAAGAACUCGCCAGCAUUUUAUCUCAGUCGACCAAAAAUCCGUGCAAUUUACACAAUUUUCAACUCGGUUGACAUUACCGAUGAUGUGCACAUUAAAUAUUUUCAUGAACCAAAAGUUCAAUCUCAUCCCCUGGACCUAAAUGAAGGAUUUGAAAAAUUUAUAUUCCGGACGAAUUAUACGAGCAUGCAACUGCUGAGCAAGGUACAGAAAUAUGUAAUAGAAGCCAAGGAAAAUGUAUUGCAGCCAAAUAUUGGUCUGAAUACAAAAACAUCGUCGGUUAAGGAGCAAUCAAAACAAAAUAUAAAACGCAAAGUGAUUCUAUGUCAACGUGGUGUAUUAUCUAGCAUUAUGAUUAUACCUUAUCGACUAAAAGCAUCGAAUUAUAAUAAUACAAUAUUUUAUGCAACCAAAUACUGUGGAAUACUUCACAUGAGCGAUACUUCAUGGGUUGAUAAACGUUCGAAAAAUGAUACAUACCAUUUAAAAUUUAUGCAAUGCUGCUUCUCUGACGAUCCCGACCUGGAGCCGAACACCAAUGAACCUGUCGAUCAGAACAAUACAGAAUAUUCUGUCUUUCAUACUUUACUGAAAGAGUAUGAUUUGAUCUAUUCCGGAGAGACUGGAGGAAUUAUAUCCGAACACAAGAUUGAUGACGUUCAUGAUUUGAAUGAAGUCAACAAGUGUAGAUUUAUUAUGACAAAAUUGCUUUGGAGCAGGCAACGUGGCGAAGAUGUUUUAAAUCAUCCAAAAUGUUUACAUUGGUGGCUACAAGCGUAUUUAGGAAAUGUCAGCGAUAUCUGUAUUGGUCUGAAAGAUAAUGAUGGCGUAGUGCGUUCUCCAGUCCAAGUCAGAGCUUGUAAAGAUUUAGCAAUAAAUCGAUGUUGGAAGCCACACAUAUGCGUACGUUUCCUAUACAACGUCAUAAAGCUGGUAGAAGAGACAAUGGACCAUGUUAACUGCCCAUAUACCACCUACGAAUUUAUGUAUGAUUCUUUCCAAAGAUGUAUUAAAUUCAAGAUUCAUUUGGGCAAAACAGAACACUCUUUCCUAAACGAAGAGUAUAUAAAGCAUUGCAAGGAGCGAACAUCUUUCGAAAAAGAAUAGACCUACAUAAUUCAAAGGCCUUUGCAAUUCAUAUACAUAUGUACAUAUGCAUGUGUGUAUGUAGUAAUUAAUUAUAUAUUUGAAUUAUGAGUUGAAUUGAAGUUUUUCAGUUGAUCCUUAAUUAAUUGUAUAUUCAAGUAAUUUUAGUUCUUUUGUACGUUUUUAAUAUAAUAAACACAUUUUUA